CUUCCCUACCCUUUUUUUUCUUUUUUUUUCGUUUUGCUGUUGUUGCUGUUGCUGAUCCUUGUCCGUCCUUUAUGGUUGCUUCCUGUUGCGUCCUGUGCCCUUCGUGUCGCCUGCCUUUGGUGCCUUGUGCUUCUUUGUUGCUCGUUGCUCCUUGCGCGUGUCCUGUUGUCUGUUGCCCGCCGGUUGCCGUUCUUUUCGGCAUCCUUUUUCCGCAGUGUUUCUCGCCGUCUUUGUUCUUUGCCGUUCUUUUGGCGAUCUUGUCCGCCUUUCUUUGGUGCUCCGUUUCGCUUGCUGGCCGGUCGUGGUCCGACUUCGUUGGCUUUUUCUUCUCGGUUGCCCUCGGUGGACUUUGCUGCCUGGCGUUUGGUGCGGCUACUUUUUUCUGGCCAGGACUUUUGUUUGGGCCAUUUUUCUGGGCCGGCUCUUUCCCUGGCCGCUUUCAUGACCAUUCUCUGCGGCCAUUUUCCCGGGCCUCUUCUCUUUGGGGCCCUUUUUCCGACGGACGCCUUUUUUUUCGGCCACCUUUCCUUGGUGGCCUUUCUAUGGACAACUUUCCUCCGGCACGCUUUCCCUGUGUGGCCCUUUCCCUUGGGCCACUUCCCUUGUGUGAUCUUUUUUCUGGCCACCUUUCUCGGCGGCCCUUUCUGGGGUAUUUUCUGAUUGGCCCUUUUCUGGGGGUCACUUCUCCCAUGGUGGCCUUUUCCCGGUCUAUUUUUUCGCCGGUCCUCUCCGACGUUCCUUGGAGAACUUUUUUCCUCGACCGUUUCCGCCGUGACCUCUCCUGCCGGUGGCAUUUUCUUAGACCACCAUUUCGUCGGCCCUUCCUUUGGGCCAUCAUCCCUGCCGGCCGGUUUCCCGCGUGGCCCAAGAGAAGGGCCACUUUUCCGGUGGCUCUGCCUUUGACCGUCUUUUUCUCGACGGCUUCCCUUUGAAGGGAAGCCUGAAACAAAACUCAAACAUAAAAACAAGGCCACAAUGUAUUUAAUUGAG